CAGUUCACAGCAGCGCUCUAGCGGAGCCCGUGCCGCGCAGCGGAGCGCAAAACUUCUCUGAGAUUCCUCAAGAAUGAAACGGCGCUGCGCAUUCUCUCCGGUCCCGUCCCUCGCUAUCGACCUCUUUGAAUGACUACAUCAGCGGACCCACGUUCACUGGAAGCUUCCAGUCAGACUCUAUUGUGAUAAGAUAGCACCCUGCCUUUCCUCGCUUUGAGUUCAGCGGUGGCUGGUUGGUGUUGCGCAAAGCUGAAGGGUCGAGCCAAUGAAGGAUAUGCUACAAAAGGAGUUGCGAAGGACUGGCUCUUCUUUGGAGACGGAGACGUGAUCAGCGCAGAGCCUGAUGUUUACGGAUUUGGGGGAGACACUGUUUUGUUUGGAGGGGCAGGAGAAGAUAACACGGGCUUGGCAACCACCGCGCUUACCGGAUCGCACUGUAGCUGCUGGAUUUGAAACUUGUUUGACAGCUUGUAGGCAAGUGUUGAUUGUUUGUCUUAACAGAGAGGAUUCGUUUGAAGCGACAUGCUUAUUCCGUUUAGAAUGAAGACACCGGUACGAAAGCGAAAUCGAUGCGUUCUUUUGCGACCAACUUAUCCGUCCAUUUAGAUAUUUUUUUCCCCCAGUACUUCUGCGUAACGCGCAAGCCGAGAAGUCCCUUCGCUCAGUUCUCCCAUAUAGCUUAUUUGUAUACAUGGAUAAAACACACAUUUGAAGGCAUAAUGCAAUGAAAGGACAGAGGCUAGGUUGCAACAGAUUAGAGUGAGUGGUCAAAUUUCCAUAAUUUUUUUUUAAAUCUGUGACAUUUUCAUCGUUAAGAAAUGUUAUGAAACCUUUAUGUUUUCCCUCAUAUUGGUAAACAGAUCUGUGCCAAACUGAACGCAGUGCGGGAUUUAAAUAUAAUAAUAAUAAUAAUAACAAUAACAACAACAAUACAUAGAUACAUACAUCUGCACAUACUCUUGUAGAGAGACUCAUAUGUGUAAGUAACACAAUGUUUUGCUAUUAGUCGUUAAGGAAUCCCUCUCUAUCCAAAUAAUGGACAGCACCCGUGCCACACUUGCACUCUUCUCGGAGGUUUGAGCUGUGUGAGGGCUGGACGGUGUCUCUCAGAGCGAGCUCAGGGUCUCUGGUCUCUUUUAUAGGAGAGGUUGGGCUCCAUAUAGGUCGGGCUUUGCAUAUGUGUAAUCAAACCAAUGAGAAUCCCCCGCGAGCAGUGAGGCAGCGCACCAAACUCUGGGAAGAAGAGAAGCGAUUGUAAUUUAGGGGGUGUAUCUCUAGUUUAAGACUCUGUUAUGGCAAAGCCAAUCGCCAGAUGUUUGUGUUCCCAAAUCAGAUUUUGAGACUAAGCAGAACGCCGGGUUACUACGCGGAGGCUGAUUCGCGUAUCCAAGCCACUUUUAGCCAAAGUGUACAAACGAUCUGCGCUCCAUCUCACUCGUUCACUGUGCGCACAGGAUUGUACUACGCCCGCUUGGUCGUCUGUUUUGAGGAGCUGCAACGGGGGUUUUUUUUCUCUCUCUCUCUCUGUGUCAUUCUUUAACAGGCUGAAGGAAAUGGCAAAGGAGAGAGGACCGCGUCUGGGAGAGCGCAGACGAAACCAGAGCUGAAUGGAAGGAUGCAAGCGACCUGAAGACGCACAAAACCCGCACAUUUCUACAGCGCUCAAACGCCUUUUCUGCUUCUUUUGGUUUCCUUUCUACCAGACGAGAGAGGAAUUAUCCCUAUUCUAUCACUCAAGGAUUUUCUUUUUGAUUUAAUUUUCACAUUUUUAUUUUUCACAUCCAGAACUCAAGGAAUCGAGGAUGCAUUGUGGAUUAGUGUUUAUCGUAUUUACGGAAAUCUUUCUCAUUGCCGGUGCUUUCAAAAAUGAUAAAUGUGGGGAUAAUAUCAGAAUCUCAAGCGCAAAUUACCUCACCUCACCCGGUUAUCCGGUGUCUUACUACCCGUCCCAGAAAUGCAUAUGGGUGAUUACAGCUCCUGGACCGAACCAGAGGAUUUUGAUCAACUUCAACCCGCACUUUGACCUGGAGGACCGAGAGUGCAAAUAUGACUAUGUGGAAGUGAGGGAUGGGGUGGAUGAGAGCGGGCAGCUGGUGGGGAAAUACUGCGGAAAGAUCGCCCCCUCUCCUGUGGUCUCCUCUGGGAACCAGCUCUUCAUUAAGUUUGUGUCGGACUACGAAACACAUGGCGCUGGCUUCUCCAUCCGCUACGAGAUCUUCAAAACAGGUCCAGAAUGUUCCAGGAACUUCACCUCUAGCAGUGGAGUCAUCAAGUCACCUGGCUUUCCAGAGAAGUACCCCAACAACCUGGACUGCACCUUCAUGAUCUUUGCACCCAAGAUGUCAGAGAUCGUUUUAGAGUUCGAGAGCUUUGAGUUGGAGCCGGACACACAGCCGCCCACCGGAGUGUUCUGCCGCUAUGACCGCCUGGAGAUUUGGGAUGGGUUCCCUGGAGUUGGUCCAUACAUUGGCAGAUACUGUGGGCAGAUUACUCCAGGACGGAUCAUAUCCUACACUGGAAUCUUGGCCUUGACAAUCAACACAGAUAGUGCUAUUGCUAAAGAAGGAUUCUCAGCUAAUUUUACUGUACUGGAAAGGACAGUCCCGGAUGACUUUGACUGCACUGAGCCCCUGGGUAUGGAGACUGGUGAGAUCCAUUCGGACCAAAUUGUGGCUUCAUCCCAGUACAACCCCAACUGGUCUCCGGAACGUUCUAGACUCAACAACCAUGAGAAUGGCUGGACCCCUGCGGAGGACUCAAACAAAGAAUGGAUUCAGGUUGAUCUCGGGUUCCUGCGCUUCGUCUCAGGAAUCGGCACACAGGGAGCGAUCUCUCAAGAGACCAGGAAGAAGUACUAUGUGAAGUCCUACAAGGUGGAUGUGAGUUCAAACGGGGAAGACUGGAUCACUAUUAAGGAUGGCCCUAAACAGAAGAUUUUCCAAGGGAACACCAACCCUACAGACAUGGCAAAAGCCAUGCUCCCCAAGCCCACGUUGACACGAUACCUCCGGAUCAGACCAUACACCUGGGAGACCGGCAUUGCUCUCCGCUUUGAGGUGUAUGGAUGUAAAAUCUCAGAAUACCCAUGUUUAGGAAUGUUGGGAAUGGUCUCAGGCCUCAUCACAGAUGCCCAGAUCACAGUUUCCUCCCAUACUGAGCGUACCUGGGUGUCGGAAAAUGCCCGUCUUCUGACCAGCCGCUCAGGAUGGACAUUGUUGCCACAGCCGCAACCCUACGUGGACGAGUGGUUGCAGGUCGAUCUGGGUGAGGAGAAGCUGGUUAAAGGCUUGAUCAUCCAGGGAGGCAAACAUCGUGAUAAUAAAGUCUUCAUGAAAAAGUUUCGGCUGGGUUACAGCAGCAAUGGAGUCGAGUGGAAAAUGGAGAUGGACGCCACAGGCAACAAGCCCAAGAUUUUUGAAGGGAAUUUGAAUUAUGACACACCAGCAUUGAGGACGGUGGAGCCCGAAUUAACACGCUUUGUUAGGGUGUACCCAGAAAGAGCAACUCCUGCUGGAAUGGGACUUAGACUGGAACUCCUGGGCUGUGAAAUGGAAGCACCCACUGUGCCCCCUACCACACCCGCUCCCUCCACUACUCCGUCAGACGAGUGUGAUGAUGACCAGGCCAACUGCCACAGUGGAACAGGUGAUGACUACGACCAGACAGGUGGGACCACUGUGCCAGAGAUGACCACAGAGCUGAGCACUGUUCCAGCAUUCCUGUGGUUCGCCUGUGACUUCGGCUGGGCGAAUGAUCCUUCGUUCUGUGGCUGGAUAUCAGAGGACAGUGGUUUCAGAUGGCAGAUCCAGUCCAGUGGCACCCCUACUCUAAACACCGGCCCCAAUAUGGAUCACACAGGUGGAUCAGGCAACUUCAUCUACACGCUUGCAACAGGUGCACAGGAGACAGAGGUGGCACGGUUAGUGAGUCCGUCAGUGUCAGGGCAGGACUCAGACCUCUGCCUCUCCUUCUGGUACCAUAUGUUUGGCUCCCACAUUGGCACACUGCACAUCAAGCAGCGGAGAGAAAGCGGUCAGGUCACAGCUGAUGUACUGCUCUGGACGGUCAGCGGUCACCAAGGCAACAGAUGGAGGGAGGGGCGUGUGCUAAUACCACACUCCAAUAAACCCUACCAGGUUGUAAUUGAAAGUGUAGUGGAGAGAAAAAGCUGGGGAGACAUCGCUGUGGACGACAUCAAAAUCUUAGACAAUCUAAACAUGGCCGACUGCAAGGACCCAGAUGUCCCUGCUGAGCCAAUUCUACCUGAGGACAACUUCAAUGAAAUCAUUGUGGACAUCACAGACUUUCCUGAGAUUGUAGAGAACAAUGAUAUCAGUGGAGCGGGGAACAUGUUGAAGACACUGGACCCCAUCCUCAUCACCAUCAUCGCUAUGAGUGCCCUGGGAGUCUUCCUCGGUGCCAUAUGCGGCGUGGUUCUCUACUGCGCCUGCUCCCACAGCAGCAUGUCCGAUAGGAACUUAUCCGCCCUGGAGAACUAUAACUUUGAGCUGGUGGAUGGUGUCAAGUUAAAGAAGGACAAGCUCAACUCACAGAACUCGUAUUCAGAAGCGUGAAGCGCCAGCCAAUGAGAGGGAAUCUCUCCUCAGGGAGGGCGGGCUAAAAUGGACUGCCGAUGCCAUCCGAUUGGAGGAGGAUAAGGCUCUGUGGUUCAGUGAACCAGUGGGAGGAGGUCUGGGACUGAGCCAUGCUUUUCUCAGGACCUGCAGUGAAUGGAACCUACCUGUAGGGGACACAGUGAAUGGAACCUACCUGUAGGGGACACUGUGUACAAAAACAUUGAAUACAAGGAUUUAAAAGAAGAAAAAACACAAAAAUGACACAUGAGAAAUAUGUACAGCUGAUUGAAAUUAUUAUUUUAAUUUUUUAUUUUAUUGAUUUGUAUUAUUUUUAGUUGAUCAUUUUUACAAUCGGAUGCUGGUGUUGAGACCAAUAUAUAAUAAUGUUAUAAAAUAUUUAUCUUUUUUUCUAGGAGGAAAAAAAAAUCAUUUAUUUUUUAUUUUAAAAGAUUGUUUUGUGCUUUAAGGAGAUGUGUAAAAAAAAAAUAAAAAAAAAUAGAACCAUAAAUGCUAAGGGAAGGUAAUUACCCCAUGGUAAAACGUGGAUCAAACGGGUGAAAUAUCAUCCAAUCCUGUCGCAUUCUGGCUAUGGUUCAGUCAGUGCCUUUGGUACAUCUUUUUUGGCCUCCUCUGUUGAUAUUUAAUGUUUUCAACCCUUUCGUUCUCAAAAUAGGCUGUUGGUCGAAUCUGCAAAACAAAAUCCAGUAAAGUCAGCGCUUUAAUGUUAAAAUCCUACAUAUUGUACAUAAGUUUAAUAUAUUUUAAUGCCCUUUUCAAAGAAACGAGUAAAAGGUCAAAAAAGAAAGCUGCAGUAUCCCUUUUUUCCUGGGUUGUAUGUUGUAAAUACAAUCGACUGUUUUGUGAAAGUGAAAAACGUGUGCUUUAUUUCCGUCCUGUUUGGUUAUUUUGCUACCCUCCCAAAAGAUGCAGCCUUUGUUCAAAACAGGUGUUAAUACAAAUGCAAUGCACAUUCACAUCCCAUUUCAAAAUGGGAAUGGCAUCCUAUACUCAAACAGAGCGCGUUUAAUAGAACUCUGCAAUGGCUCGGUUGCUUUUUUAUGUUUUAUUAACCUGUAAUUCAGACAUAAGGCUGGAUAUCAUUUUAGCAUCAUAUCCUGACAUGCAAGCCUCUCAUGCACAAAGAUAUAAUGAUAAUCACAUUUCAGAAUGUCUGUCAAUCCAACAUACCAAAAAAGAAGAAAAUACAUGUUUAUCACCCCACAAAUAUUUCAUCUGCCUUUUCAAACUGCUUAUUUUACCAUCCGUUGAGCUUGAAUGCAUGCCGUCCGUCAACCGCCUUGACUAAAACUCUCUUAUCAGAGGGAACUGUCAUUUUAAGAGUGGUGCUAUUUAAUUCAGAUGUGCUGAAAAUGUUUUAGCACAUCAUGCACUGCCUAUUCACAAGCUUUGGACAUCACAUCAUGGUUGCUGGCUGAGUGAUGUCAUAGUGGAGUUCUGUCAUUGGCCUUGUGUCUGUACCAAAGGAGUGUUGCCUCAAACCGCAGGGUCCAAUCACAACCUUUUGUCAUCAUCGGGCAUCGCAAGAUGGGGCAUUGGCUUUUGGAAAGGGAUCAGAUUAAAGAAAGACAUUAAAUACUUAUACUGGUUUUAUCACUCAUUAUCAUUCUAUCACUGUUUUGAUUCAGAAGUUAGAGGACUGAUAAAUCUGUACUUUAGCAAUGACUUACAUGUAGUUUAACCAACAACAGGGCUUCGUUGCUGACAAUACUAAUGUUUUCUUCUAGUUUCUUGGUAUGUUCAUGUACUGUGUUGUAUACUGUGGCAAACACAUUUUCUGUUUCUUUCCGGUAGUUUCUGAAUACAUGAAUCCACGUGUCGAUGCUACAUGUGUCAGCUGAAGCUGUAAAGGUGACUGACUUCAGUCGGGUCCUGUGAGAAAGCAUACUGUAGCGUUAACUAAAAAGAAACAAUGUUGCACUGAUCAAUAUAUUUGAUGAAGUUUGUGUUUAUAGCAUUCAUUUGUAAAAAAGAUAAUUGAAAUAAAAAAGACAGUGUUGAUUUUUUUAAUAUAGUUUCAGAAUAUGUAAUAUGAUUCUGAAAUGGUCAAUUAUCGAGAUGUUUUCAUUAUCGAAAAAGGUAUACAGAUUUCCUAUAGUAAAGUUCCCAUUUAUCUGACCAAUUAUCUUUUCGUUUUUGUACUGUCGUUCAAAUUUUGUGCUGAUUUUUUUUACGAGAAGAUGAGGAAGAAAAUCUUUUAUUUUCAAUACUGCCUCUGUAAUUUGCUGUUGUAGGAAGGAAUAAAUUAAUAAAAAGAGAAAACAGCAAGGCCUUAAAAAUGGA